UAGCGAGGCGCCUCGUCUGUUUUAACACUCUCACCGGGUCGCUCGGUAGAUCGGUCGCGUCCUCGAUAUCACCUAGAACCGAUUGACGCUCGAUCGUGUUUCCGGUAAAACGGCACGUUCCGCAGGAACCCGGCACGCAGACAGAGCAACAGAGAGAAAGACAUCUCCGACAGGUGACAACCCCUUCGGAUAUUCCUGGAUAGAUCAGUGAUCGAGGAAGAGGAUUCUCGUCGUUAUCCUGGAUCGAGACAGACUGAUUUCAGUGAUCGAACCGGAGCCAUGAAGUUCGCGAUGGUAUUGGCAGUGAUGUGCUGCCUGGCGAUCGGAUCGUUCGCAACACCGGUGCCGAAGAUCCUCUCCGAGGAGAAGUCGUCGAACCGGAACGCCGUCGCGACCGGAAGACAGGCGGCGGUUCAGCCGCCCGCGGUCAGCGAAGAUGACGACGACGACGACGAUGACGACGACGACGACGAUGUUGAUUUUGAUAUCACUGGUGACGACGACGACGACGAUGAUGAUGACGACGACGAUGAUGACGACGAUGACGAUGAUGACGAUUCUGAUUAUUUGGAGCGAUUCAUCGAGGACAUAUUAGGUGAGGAGGACGACGACGACGACGACGACGAGGACUCCGGCCCAGCGGAGACUGGCCCAGUGGCAGCUGGCCAGCCGUUAGCCCCAGCACUGCCAGCCGCGGUGGAAGCGGAUUUGAACGCCGCGCAGGAAGCGGAACACUUGUCGACGAACGUCGCGAGCGCGGCCGCAGCCGCGGACGCUGCCGAUACGACGGCGGUCGACGGGGACGCGAGCAACGACGCGGAGGACGACGAAGGCAACGCUCUGCCGGAGGGCCAGGCCGCUUCCGGUAUCCACGAGACGCGGAAAGAGCAAGAAGCACGGCGCGGGCCGCAAACACGCGCGCAAGUCGCGCGAACAAGCUUCGAAAGCCGCGCCCUAGCCGAGCCGCCGUUUGACCGUAAUAGCGUAAUAGGGACGAGUGGGUUACCGCUCCCGAUCGAAUGCUCAGUUCCGUUCUUCAUCCUUCUUCCCGCCCCAUCCGGUCCGUCGGAGCGGAGUUCGUCGUUUGGACCACCGGAAUCGGUGAACCAAUCUCCUCCGUCGAGGCGAGUGUCAUCGGGAACGCGAGACCCGCGGAACCAUGAAAAAGGUGGCAUGCGAUCGGAACCGAGCAGCGACGUGUCGGCGAUCUACGUGGCGAAGUACAAUCGUUUCGUCGACACCAUCCUCGGCAGGAUCAACAAAAUCCUACGCAGCAAUUACGACCCGGUCACCGUGAAGCUCUCCAACGCGAACUCGAAAUCGAAAACCGGCAAACAGAAGAGCAAGAGCAAGUCCAAGAAGAAGAACAACACCAAGAAGACCGUGCCGCACUCGGUAGUCGUCACGAGCGAAAAGAUGGCGGAAGAGCCUCUCGAGAAUCCGCAGAAAACAAUGGCGUCCUCAGGGAACACAACCAUAACAGUAACCAACGCAGUGAACACAAGUACAACUUCCACGUCGGACGUCGCAAGCAGAUCGGAACCCGCGAAAUUCCCAAGCAGAAAAGCUUCCUCUACCACUGUGAAGAAGACCAAUAAGAAUCGCACCAAGAACAAAACGAAGAACCCGUCCACCGUGAACAGUAAUAAGAAUAAGACGAAGAAAAGCAAGCCGAAAGCCCGUGCCACGCUUUACGGACUGGCGAGUCUUCAAAGAGCGGGGGAUGUUUCCGUGAACAUGAUGAGCGACCACACCAUGAUCAAAACCAAGUUCACCCUUGGCCCUCUGAUCUUGAAGGUGGAAAAGGAGUUCGGUCGGGCGGCGAAGAAGGAAUUGAGAAGCGCGACCGCCACCACCGCAGAGAUGUCCGGGAAAUUGAGUCUACGGGUUCUCCAUGGCGGCGCCGCCACCUUGAACUCCAUUCGAGUCCUUCAACCGAAACAAGUCAGAGUGGAGAGCGCCGACGACCAUGACAGAACUCGCGAGUUCGUAUGGAAGAGGUCCUCCCACAUCGCUCAUUUAGUUUCGGAGAAAUUAUCCUCUGCUACCAAGUCAAUGCUUCGACCUCCGCCCGUCGCAGUGAUCGCCGCCUAGUUGAACCGCUUUCCCGAUCCUCCAAGGUCUCGCCGGCUCGAUCGGUUGAAUCAUUCGUUAUCGAUUUUAUCAGAAAAGCAAACCCACUUAUUCAGCAAUUGAACCAACAGAUACGUAUACGUGGUAGAACUCUGAAGGACUCUCACGAUACUCUUGACGCCGCGACGCUGUACAGGGUAUCCGCGACAAUUUGCACCGUCGGUUUUAGAUUAUUAACACUAAACCUACCGAGCAGUUAAAUUCACUUUCUGAAAUUCUUAGAGUAUACUUGUUACUAUAUCAAUUUCUUGAAUAAUCUCCUCAAGAAAUAUCUGUCAUCCUUUUAAUAAUUGCAAAAAGAAGAAACCAGGAAUGGGUCAUUUUGACUCGUCUGGUAGGUUUAGUGUUAAAUGGUAAACAUUAGGAAACACGUUCAAUGUUAACGCUUCGCAGUGUCUCGUUGGAAAUAUUUAGGAUUUUCUAACUAGAAAAUGAUAUUUUUUUUAAUAAAUUCAAAGUACAUUGAGGAACAAUUUUAUUUUAAUAUUUUUUAAAUUGAUGAGUUAUACACGGUUCAGUAUUAAAUAUAAUUUUAUAAUUUUACAGUUUUAGAGUCAAGAGACUCUUGAGUGAUAUAUAAUGUAGAAAGAUAUGUAGCAUUGUAUUGGAAAAUAUGAAGGUCACCUUUGUUUCUAGAGAAAUAUUAGAAAUAUACAAAAUUUAGAUAGGCUAUUAUAUUGCUAGUGAAAUGUACUACAACUUUCUCCUCUUCAGUUUUUUUCUAAUGUUUACCGUUUAGGAAAAAACGAAAUUAAUGGUACAAAUUAUCGGGGAUACCCUGUACAUGUAGGAACAUGUUGCUUACGGUUACGAAAUUUGAUUUAUUAUUCCACGAUUGUAUUUAUUUAUUCAUUUAUUUAUCCGUGCAUUUACCUGUUCACUUAUUUAUUUGCUUAUUUAUUUAUUUAUUUAUUUAUACAUACAUACAUACAUACGUCGACGCUGCGGUGAGUGUAUUGUAAACAGAAAUUAAUUUCUUU